AGGUACGAAAUGCGUGAAGAAAUUAGAGAGAAGCGAACAGCGGAAAACGGGAAGACCGGAAGAAGCCGCUCGAGUCUCGACUAAAACUUUGAAAGUCUGCAACGACCGAACCGCUUGUCACCAGCCCCAGCCCGCCGCCGCGACCCUCCUCCAGGACCGCACGUUUGUCGACUGUCGAGCGAUGUCCACUCGUCCGCCGAAAAAUUGCACCUGAAAGCGCGAAGCUCUGGUUGCUGCGAAACCAUUCAGCAAAGAGAAGAUGUCGUCCGCAAGAGAUUGGAUUGAAACGGAUGAAACCGCAAAGCAGUACCUGUCUCGGGUUCUCACAGAACGACCUUUCUUGCCUCUUACACCUCCUUUUCACCGCAUUCCCCUCCGCGCUGGCAGCGUUGUCGAGAUAGUCGGCCCUUCGCAUUCAGCCAAGACCCAAAUUCUCAUACAGGCUGCAAUCAAUUGUAUUCUGCCCAAGGAAUGGAAGGGCGUGCAUUAUGGAGGUUUAGAGCGCUCAGUCAUGUUUAUCGACUUGGAUUGUCGCUUUGAUAUUUUGAGCCUUUCACGUUCACUGAAGCAGCGCGUACUAGAUGCCAUAGGAAAGAGUAUGCAAAGCCUAAAAGGAGGGGCGGAUGUCACGUCUGAAAAUGAUUUAGUUAUAGAAAGCAUGAGACGUUUCAUGUAUGUCCGUUGCUAUGAUAGUAUCCAGUUUCUGGCUACACUUAAGACUAUGCACAAUCAACUUCAAAAGGGAAAAGAGGUGCAUGGUGUUGGUGCUUAUUUGUUGAUUAUUGACAGUAUUGGAGCUUUUCACUGGAUGGAUCGGGCUCUUGCAUUCAUUCCACAUGGGAGCAGCAACAGAAAAAGUCUCUCUCUUCAAGGAGUAUCAGAAGCUGUGGUUCAAGCAAUUCAAAAGAUUCUUCUGGCUCAUCCAAUGCUUGUCCUAUGUACCAAAACAGUGAAUAUGGAGGAUAAGUAUACAUCAAAUGAAGUAGUAAGGAAUGUUGAAAGAUGGAAUAAUCAAAAUCUACCAUAUCGUGAAUAUAUGCCUUUAGUCUGGCAGUCCUUUGUUUCUCACAGAAUGCUUGUGUACACUUCAGGCGUAGAUGAUAAUUGCAAGAAUAAAAGCCGACCUACUUAUUUUAUAGAGUGGCUGUUACCAUCUCUGCACAAACCAGAAAGAAUGGUGUAUUUUCUACAUGAUUGACUGAUUGUAUGGAUCCAGAGUGCAGAAUCAAUAAUAAGCUCUGAUUCAGGAGUGCCUCUAGUGGGAACUAGUGUUCCUACCACUCUACAACUUGAUAAUGGCUGCUUCAGUUUUAAAGGAGAUUUUGUGGUGAGUAUUCGUGAAUCAUGAUGCCUUAAUAUUCAGAGAGAUGUUUAUAAUUAGUUUAGACUCUGCUGUUCACAAUUUUCGGCUAGUUGAUUCCAUCCCUCAUUCCCAACAAUCAUUUUGUGUAUUUGGUUUGCUAAUUUGUUGUGCAUUUCUCUUUUUUUUUUGUUUGAGUGAAGGAAAAGUUGAACCGAUGAAAAAAUGUUUCAACAUUUUUCCCAAAAAAGUUGAAAAAUGUUUCAAUUUUUGUUUCAAUGUUGGAAGCCUUAAUAAAGUUCUCUAAAC